GGAGCUCUUUCCUGAGCAUCCCGGUCGUGUCCUCCCCUGGGCGCGGACAGGGGCAGGCCGACCCUCGGCAGGGAACAGAGAGGCCCGGUCCGCGAUGAAGAUCCAGUUUCGGACAUGAGACUCAUUGGGCGAUCGCUUCUUUGAGAUCGACUUUAAUGACCAGGAGUAAGGUGCAAGAGGACCGCGCUAUGACUGAGGCAACUCAAAUUUUUUUAUUGCCAACGUCUACUUCCUCUGAUUCUACAAAACAAACUAUGUCUCCAGCAGCCCCUAAGCCAGAGGAGUCCAGUCAAUUGUUAAACAGACUCAUGUCUGAAAAACAGCAGGAGGAAGCAGAAUGGGAGAGCAUAAACGCUCUACUGAUGAUGCAUGGUUUAAAACCUUUGUGCCUAGUCAAAAGAACAGAUCUUAAAGAUCUUAUCAUUUUUGACAAGCAGUCAUCACAAAGGAUGAGGCAGAAUUUGAAAACAUUGAUGGAAGAGACGACACGUCAGCAGACCAUGAUACGGGAGCUCAUAGAAACCAACCAGCAGCUUAAGAAAGAUCUUCAGCUAGAACAAAAUCGAGCAGCAGAUCAGGAACAACGGGCUAAUGACUUGGAACAAAUUAUGGAGAGUGUAAAGUCCAAAAUUGGUGAACUGGAGGAUGAAUCCCUAAAUCGAGUUUGCCAGCAACAGCAGAAAAUGAAAGAUCUUCAAAAGGAGCAGAAAGCUCUACAGGCAAAAUGUCAACAUUACAAGAAGAAACGAAUGAAACAGCAAGAGACUAUUGCUGCUUUGCAGAAGGACAUCUAUAGAUUAACAAAGGAGGAAGAAGAGCGCAUUGUCACUCAGAACAGAGUGUUUGCCUACCUCUGCAAAAGAGUUCCUCAUACCGUCUUGGAUAGACAGUUACUUUGCCUGAUUGACUACUAUGAAUCUAAAAUUAAGAAAAUCUGUGCACAAAGGCAAGAUAAAGAAGAUGAAAGCCAAUCAGAAGAAGAGAAAGACUACAGAAAUCUGGAAUCCUCACCAACUUACAAAGGCCUUCUCAUGUCUUUACAGAAUCAGCUCAAGGAGUCAAAAUCCAAGAUCGAUGCACUUUUAAAUGAUAAGCUGAACCUCCAAAAAGAUUUGGAAACCAGGCCUACACAGCACGAAUUAAGACUUUAUAAACAACAGGUGAAGAAACUGGAAAAAGCCCUUAAGAAAAGCAUCAAGUUACAGGAGCUUAUCAGUCCUAGGAAGGCCGAGGACACAGAGAAAAAAGAUGAACCCAGCAAAUACAGUCAGCAACAGGCCCUCAUUGACCAGAGGUACUUUCAGGUACUAUGUAGCAUCAAUUCAAUUAUUCACAAUCCAAGAGCUCCAGUGAUAAUUUAUAAACAGAGCAAAGGAGGAGUCCCAAAUUUUAAUAAAGAACUUGUUCAAGAUUGUGGAUUUGAGCAUCUCGUUCCUAUAAUAGAAAUGUGGGCGGAUCAACUGACAUCCCUUAAGGAUUUGUAUAAGUCCUUGAAAAUGCUGUCUUCAGAAUUGGUGCCUUGGCAUAAUUUGAAGAAGCAGGAUGAAAAUGAAGGUAUCAAAGUUGAAGAUCUGUUGUUUAUCGUAGAUACCAUGUUGGAAGAAGUUGAAAAUAAGGAGAAGGACAGCAGUAUGCCAAACUUUCAAACUUUGCAAGCUAUCGUCGCUCAUUUCCAAAAGCUGUUCGAUGUGCCUUCUUUAAACGGAGUCUACCCUCGAAUGAACGAAGUUUACACCAGGCUUGGAGAGAUGAGCAAUGCUGUGCGAAACCUCCAGGAACUCUUGGAGUUAGAUAGUUCGUCCUCACUGUGUGUGCUGGUAAGCACAGUUGGGAAAUUGUGCAAGCUGAUCAACGAGGAUGUCAACGAGCAGGUUAAGCAGGUAUUAGGACCUGAAGACCUCCAAAGCAUUAUCAACAAGCUGGAAGAACAUGAGGAAUUUUUCCCAGCGUUUCAGGCAUUUACUAAUGAUCUACUUGAAAUCUUAGAAAUUGAUGACUUGGAUGCCAUUGUACCAGCUGUAAAGAAAUUAAAAGUACUUUCCUACUGAAAACAAAUCAGAUCCUUUUUACUGUGUAAAUUGCAUUUUUUAAUAUUAUAAGUUCUUUGUAGGAUUGAUCUUAUUUUGAGACAAAGCUUAUAAAAUGCAUUUGCUCCCGGAAUUCAUCCCCUUCUUAGUAUUGGGUUGUUCUGUACAUAUACUUUUUAAAUUAGCUUUAGAGAGUCCUAUACAGAAAAUAGUCACUAAAUUAAUUGAACUUUAGAUCCCUUAAUUAUUUCUUAAGCAGUUCUUGAGUGCUUAAAAUCCAAGCUGUUUUAAAGUGGAGUUUGUGAGUAAAAGAGAAGCCCAGAGACAGAGAUCGCAAGAGAAAGGCGGCCUUUGAGUCCCGGGUUUGGUGACCCCUGGGCCAGGGCAGAUGAGCGCCACUGGCCCCAUCCAGCAGUGGGAAGCCACCUCUUUCUGGCAGGGAAGAGCUCUUGUGGCAGUGCCCUUUCAAAGCAGGAGUGAAAAAAAGCCAAAAUGUUUUAUCGUUGUUUCAGGGUAGGAAAUGAAUCAUGGGGUAAAAUAAAUGAGUGUAUAGAAGUCUCUCAUAAAGAAGUACCGCUUUUUUUCCCCUCAAUUUCGAUGUAUUGCAUGCUUUAUUUUUUUUUUAAAGAA